UUCAGUUCAUACUCACACAAUGCAAUCCCAGAGGAAGAGGUCGCAAAAUACCGUACAACUUAUAUAGGCUCAAUCUGCACUAAAGCAAAUAAUACUAUGGGUGAAUGUAAAUCUAAUAGACAGCAAAAACGAUUUAAUAUUAAAAAGGCAAAAUAUUCGCAUUUUUUUGACUCAGAAUGUCAUUUCGGUGAAUCUGAUAGAAUAAUAGUAAAGCUAAAAUAA